AAGGGAAACAUGACGAAAAUUGGGGGCAAUUGUUCGCCCCAAUGAUUGAUCAGUGGAAUAAUCGCCAUGCAUUUAGGGUCGACGCUUAUCCCCGACAAGAAGGCCUAUUGAGUUUUAACUCGGACUACAUGGUCUGGUAUAGGCGAAAGACAAAGAUGUUUGUUGACCCAGCAAAUGCAAAGACGGCUACAUUGGGUGAAGUUGCGGAGGCAUUACAAUACAUGGUGUCUCCUCAAGGGAGGAAUACAUGCACAUUUGAUGAUCUCGUGCCUUAUGUGGAAAAAAUUACAAUUUUAUCCGAAGAGCAAGAGAGAGUCACUGAGCCAGUGUCACAUGGUCCCGCAUCAGAGCGUCAAUUUCCUGCACAACAGUUUCACAUGCUUCAGUCAAGUAUUGAAACUCAGGGGAUAGACAGAAGAAGGGACAUUGUUGAAGCGGAAGAAUAUUCCCAACAAAUGGCGGAGCGUGGCCAUGGAAUGUAUUACACGCCACAAACAUUUGCUGAGUAUCCGACCCAGAUGUAUCAAUAUCCUUUUCAGGGUCAUCACACUGAUACUUCUGCAAGCCAGCAAUCGUUCGGUGGUGUUGCGGAAACACAAGCUCAUUUUUCAUGGCCCACAAUGACCCCUUCACAGCAAUAUCAUGGCCCAAUUCCAACACCUAAUGCCCCGUUAGGAACACAAUGGAAUGUACCGGGACAAAUACCUAAUACGGGUGACUUAUUCGGUGUUGAUUUGCGGCACGCAUUUUCUGCGGAGGCUGACGAAGAAGAAGCGGGGAGGCAUCGGGGCAGAAGAAAUCCUGAUCGCCAAGCACGAAGAUGGGAUCGACCAUGUGGCACAUCCUCACGACAUCACGGACACCAAAAUGAAUGAUUUGCAUGUCUUCGUUUAUUAAGCCUUUGUUGUAUAUUUGUAAUUUGACAUUCAUGGCGUAAUGUAUGAUAUUCAGUUUAUUAAGGCUUACUUAUGGAUAAUAUUUAUGUCGCGUAUCAAACUAUAAUAAUCAAUGAACCGUAAACCAAAUAAAACUCAAAAACUAACCCCUAA